AUGUCUCAUCGGCCUCUAGACAUGAUCAAGCGCGAGCAGCGCGCCGCAGACCGCGCGCCUCACCUUAGGACACGCAAAUAUGGCCCCGUGACGGACACUAUUGACUCGCUCGACAGCAUCGGCGGCGUGUACCAUCACGGCGGCCCAUAUGAUGCUACUUUGGCAUCCCGCAACCGUAACAAGAGGUAUGCGCCUGUCGAGGCUGUGAAGGAGUCCAACAUGGAGGCCCUGAGGGCUACACCACGCGAAUAUAUUCAGGAUUCCCUGGAUAAGCAUGUGCCGCUGCAAGGUACAGGCCUCAUUCCCGCCGGUGGCACUGACAUGAGCGGCAACGUUAUGAACUAUGAGGAAGGAGCCGAUCUCAUGCGUGAGCCUAAUAAUCAAGGUGGCGCUUACAAGAGAUGGGAUGGAAUUCAAUACCAUCCCGAUGAUCUGAAGGGAAAAGGAGAGCCUUCUUACACCUACGAGAGAGAUCUUAAGGAGAAGAAGCGUAUGCGUAAGGCGUCUCUCGGCAACAGCCCCGCAGAAUACGAGAUGCGCUCCGGCAUCAACGCCCAGUCACGUAAGGACAACGGGGCAAUGGUACGCCAGCGCAGUGUCAGCAAUGCUGCAGACGGAAGACCCGGCCCCUCCGAGUUGCCUAAGGGACAAUCAAACAGCGCCGACGUCCAUCGCCACAACAGUACCGGCAAGCAUUUCGGCGACAGCCUGAAGCGUCGUUUCGGUAGCAUCCGUCGCAAGAACCACGCUGCGGCGUAG